CUUCUCUCCUGCUCUCCCCUAUCUGCUAAGAAAGGGGAGACCAUUUGCACCGGAUGCUGCAGCUGUCGCUUUGUCACCUCUAGGACAUGGCAGGCCCUGUGACCCUCCUCGUCAGCCUGAUGCUCCUGGCCCUCUGCACUGGCCACAUCACCCUCUCCGGCCCUGUGGUCAUUCCUCCCACCUGCUGCAUGAAAUUUGCUUCCAAGGAAAUUCCCAUGAGCCGCGUGGUGAGCUACCAACUGUCCAGUGGGAGCGUCUGCCCCAAGGCAGGGGUGAUCUUCACCACCAAAAUAGGUCGUAAGGUCUGUGCGGACCCCAAGCAGUCCUGGGUCCAGAGUUACGUGAAGCACUUGGAGGCCAAGCAAAAGACCUCCCUGAGCACCAAGGCAACGGGCAGAAGAUCCCAGACCCGAAGACACCCUGCCAACGGCACCACCAUCUAACCCUGCUGGCCUCCAGCCCCGGACCCGGGCCUCUCCCCCAGCAUGGGCUGCCUGAGGCCUGGGGAGCCUGCACGGACAGGUGAAGGGCUGAUUUUCCUGCUUCUCUGCACCAUUCUCAGAGCAGGUGUUGACUCCAUGAAAAGCCAAGGCAGGCAAGGCCUGCUCCCGGAGCACCCAAGGCCCCUUGUCUGCCCUGGACGGAGACUGGGCUUGCCUUCCCCUGAGAAGAGGUGGGGCUACUUCUCCUCUGGCUCCCCCGGGGGGGGCGGGGGGGCAGCUCAGCCCAGGCUCCUGAGGCCUGGACCCUGCAGACACCAGCCUGCCUAUGCCAUGGCCUCUGAUGGCUUUCAUCAGCCAUUGGGCGGGCAGUGGGGCCUCAGGGCUGCCUGUCUGUCUGGGGACGGGUGACCUAUUGAGGGCUGCACCUCCCUGGCAUGUUGGGGACAUCCCAGCCUGGUCCCACUUCCAACUCUCCCAGGUUGCCAAUGGCAACAGCGGGCCCUCCCUGGCCACUUCUCAUGGGGCGCGCAGGCUUUGGUAAAGCCCUGGACACGGACCGUGUGGGUGAGGGCCAGCCUGGGGAAUUUGAGUCCUUUGUGAAGAUAUGACCUGGAGAUGCCUGUCUGGUGACGCGCUUGCUCCGUGAUGCUUCGUUG